AUGGAUCCAAACACCAGGCGAGCAUUGAAGCCUUCAGUAGGCAUACCGCCUAAUCUCGUUGAUCCAUAUAUCGGCCAGCCAAACCUGAUGGUUACCAGCGUCGUUUGUUUGACACUUAUAACAGUAUGCAUCUCUAUUCGGAGUCUCACCAAGGCAUACCUUUUCAUGUGCCUUGAGGAUUACUUCAUGAUAUUUGCCGGGGUAUGCAUAAUCCCAGAAUUCCUUAACUUUCUCUCCUAUAUUGCCGGGGAUAUUGAUUAA